UAGGAAUGUCCCAGUGGAGCUGUUAAUGAAGAGACAUUCAAACAGAUCUAUGCACAGUUUUUUCCACAUGGGGAUGCUAGUAUGUAUGCUCAUUAUCUCUUUAAUGCUUUUGACACAGCACAGAAUGGAUCUGUGAAGUUUGAGGAUUUUGUGAUGGCACUCUCCAUUCUGCUGAGAGGAACAGUUCACGAAAAACUACGAUGGACCUUUAAUCUAUAUGACAUAAAUAAAGAUGGCUAUAUAAACAAGGAGGAAAUGAUGGAUAUAGUAAAGGCAAUUUAUGACAUGAUGGGCAAAUACACCUACCCAGUGCUGAAAGAAGAUGCUCCAAGGCAGCAUGUAGAAGUAUUCUUCCAGAAAAUGGAUAAAAACAAAGAUGGGGUUGUAACUCUGGAUGAGUUUAUUGAGUCAUGUCAAGAGGAUGACAAUAUCAUGAGAUCCUUACAGCUUUUUGAAAAUGUCAUGUAA